AUGCCACCUAAGAAAGUGGCUAUAAUAGGCGCUGGACCUUCUGGUCUUGUCACAGCGAAGACCCUCCUCCACAACUUCCCAUCUGGAACUUUUUCCCCAGUGAUAUUUGACAGUCGCUAUGAAGUCGGCGGUCUCUGGUCAAGCCCUCAGCCUGGCAAUAGGAGUUGGGGUACCAAGAAUGCACCAGGAAGCCUGGACCCCUCUAUGCGGACGAAUCUUAGCAGGUUUACUGUAGCUUUCUCUGAUCUCUCAUGGGAAUCAGUCUUGGAGACUCCUAACGUACCCAUGUUUCCCCAAGCAAGACAGGUGUGUCAAUAUCUUAGGGCAUAUCGAAAGCGCUACAUUCCGGAUGAUGUGGUGAGGCUCGGAUGCCGUGUCUUGAAGACUGUACGCAAAACUAAGGAUGGCCAUACGGCCCGGUGGGAAAUAUCUUGGGAAAAGGAGAGGUCUGGUCAGAUAGCAGAAGGAACUCCUUCAAAGGAAAACAUUCCAGAAGUCGAGGAAUUUGACCUGCUAGUUGUUGCAUCUGGAUACUUUGCUCGUCCUAAUAUCCCUGAGGCUCCAGGACUGCACCACAAUUCUGGCGCUGGGGGCGUUUUCCACAGCUCCGAGAUCCAAACAACACAUGAGAUCCUUCAAGACAAAAAAUCCCUCUUGACUCGAGGAAAUGUUGCUAUUAUCGGGGGAAGUAUCUCCGGAGCUGAAGCUGCUUCUACUGUGGCGCUUCACCAAUCCUCAUAUUUUAGCAAAGACAAAACAGCUCACUCCAUCGGAAGCCUACAAGUGCAUCACAUCUACACCCGCCCUUUCUGGAGCUUACCGACAUAUCUUCCCCAUGAAUCAUCUGAUGGUACAGUUUCUUUCUUACCAUUGGACUUGGUGAUGUAUGAUUUGGGCCGCCGGCCAGCAGGAUCAGUGGAGUAUGGGCUAGGUCUCAUUCCGGAGGAGAAAGCCGCGAAAACCAACGAGUACUUCAGUUCUCUACUUGGUGCUAAUUAUAAGUCGGUUGGACAACUAUGCGACUCAAGCGCGAGUCAGAACAGCCGCUCUCGACCUCCGUGGGUAGCUAUCGGAAACGACUACGCAGAAUUUGUCCGAUCUGGCAAGAUAGAGCCCACAAUGGGUCGUGCAGUAUCUGCACAUGCCGACCCUGACACGGGACUAUAUAACAUCAAUAUUGCCAUAGAAAAUGGGGAAACGAUGACCUUGGAAAAUAUAGCAGCUGUCGUGAUGGCCACGGGAUUUACUCCAUUUGAAGCACUAUCUUUUCUGCCUGAAGAGGUUCGAUCUAUACUGGAAUAUAACACUGAUGAUCCAUUCUUACCACUUGUCUUGGACAAGGGAGGUACAAUACGUUCGGAAGUUCCAGACAUCGGCUUUGUCGGAUUUUAUCGUGGCCCAUAUUGGGGAGUGAUGGAAAUGCAAGCUAGGUUUCUGGGCAUGGAAUGGGCUAAGCGGAGCACUGAGAUCUCGAAAUCGACAGAGCAGGUGGAAGGCAUGCGAAUUCUCAGGGAUCCCGCUUCCAAUCCUCGUCGCAGUCAAUUUCCCAUGGGUGACUACGUGGGUCUUAUGGAGGCCUUCGCUAGAGAUCUGGAGAUCACUCGUACAGUGCUGUCAAAUGAUGAAAGCCGGAGCGGGCCCGUGGUCCCUUCGCGAUAUCCUUACAAUGAAAUUUCCUCUACGCAACAAACCGAUAUGAAGGAGCAGACAACAGAUACUCUGAACGCUUUGGAGGCUUUUCUGGGUGAUAUCAGUCUCCAGGCUGCCGCUGCCGCAAUGGCUGUUUUCAGAGCUCUUCAAGGAAAGUGGACAUUCCAAUGUGUUAGACAAGACACUGGUGAGCAUGGAGGAUCUGGGACAGUAAAAUUCUGCCCCGUCUACCCUUCAGAUUCGGCAUAUGACAGGGAGUACAUUUGUGAGGAAACCUUGGAGCCAUACUUUACGGAGGACUCCUCAUCUCCAUCGUCUAUAAAUCGCUCCGUUUUCCGAUUAUCUGAAGCUAUGUCGAGCGGCGCAGCUUCACAGAUUCAAAUAGUGUCAGAGAAGGCCAAUGGAAACUUAGAUAUAAAGUCCGCCAGAUCUCUGCUAUUGGGACCGCUUCAACGCAAGAAAUAUGAUGGGAUACACGCAGCCGGGGAAUACGUGAUCCAGGCUAGAGUCUCUUCUGCAAAUACUCCAGAUCCUCAACCCCGGGUCCAAGAUCAUGCCGAUAUACCAUAUGAUUAUACUUUCAAUUUUGAAGGCGUCUCCAUUGUCAGCUGGGAGAGACUCGACAGAUUCACGCAGACUCGGACCGAGGGAGAACUAGGGAACCACACAACUCCACCCCCGCGCACCCGAACGUUAUAUAGAAGAUAA